AAUGGCGGCAAAUAUUCGAAAGCGGAACUUUGACAGCUGACGUCAGUUGAGCGCCAACAGAAAUUUAAAGAAAUUUGACGGUGUUGUUUUGAUUCUUCAUUAUACUCAAUGUUGUUCGAUAAUUGUCGUUUCCAAGAUGGAUUUAGCGUGCAGCUACAAGGAAAAAGAUUUGUUAGACCUUUCGUUUUGUAUUCCUGAAGAAAUUCAGUUAAUUUUAGCUGGGAAGAAUUUAACAACCGUUGGUAAAGUAUUGAAAACAUCAAAGGUUGAUUUAAUAUCAUAUGGGUUAACUGAAGAAGAAGCUGAUAUGGUAAAGUCCAGCGUUUCGGUAAAUGUUCCCUGCACAACCUUCAUGACAGUACUCGAAUAUUCGUCAAUUUUGGCAACAAAAUGGCGACAUAUUACAUUCCGAUGUCCGGCCUUAGACAGAAUCACUUGCAACGGUCUGCCAUUGAGAGGAAUCACGGAAAUUGUCGGCGAAUCUGGAUGUGGCAAAUCUCAAAUCUGUUUACAAUUGGCUCUCAAUGUCCAAUUAUCACUGGCGGAUGGUGGUUUGGGGAAGUCAGCCGUUUACAUUUGUACAGAAGAUGUAUUCCCUUCAAAGCGACUGGUUCAAAUAGCAGAAUUCUACAAGAAGGAGUAUCGAUACGAUAAAUGGCUUGAUAACAUUUUUAUUGAACACUGCCCUGAUUCGGAUAAUUUGAUGAAUUGCAUUUGUAAUCGAUUGCCUAUAUUGAUGAAUAAACACUCCAUUGGCUUGGUCAUCAUUGACUCUAUUGCGGGUGCAUUUCGAAUCGACGGUGAUGCAAUCAUUCGUGCUGAUAACAUGCGGAAAUUAGUUUUCAAACUUCAAGAACUGGCGGAUGAACAUGAAUGUGGCAUUGUUUGUGUUAAUCAGGUGACUGCUUCGAUGAAUGAGACUAUACGGAACAGGUGUGUACCCAGUUUGGGUCUUGCCUGGAGCAAUUUAGUUACAACUCAGUUGAAAAUUCGAAAAACUUACAAGCAAGUAUCGAAACUGGAGGAUUCAACAAUUCUAAGCACUCCAAUCAAAGUACGGAGCAUAGAAAUUGGAUUCUCACCAGAGCUACCAAAUUCAUUUGCCGAAUUUAUCAUUACGGAGCAAGGGAUAUGUGAUGUGCCGAGGAAUUAAUGGCACUAGCAAAACGCACAAUUAUAUUUUGUAUAUAAUACAUGUAAAACAGUAGAAAAAAAACCGUUUAUUUUAACCACAAAGAAAACAUGUAUCAUUUUAAAUCAUCCAACAUGAAAA